AUGGAGAGUACUCAUUUAAGUGGUAAAGAAAUUGUUCCUGCUAAUCAAGAUAAAUCUGGUUUGCAAGUCUCAGGUGAAACUAGUUUGUUAAGUCAGAAUUCAGAUGAGUUUUUAGCCGAGAAAAAAGAUGAUACAUUCAGUGAUGACGAUGCUUUAGUCAGCGAUGAAGAUGCUUCUAUCAGUGAUUUCAGUGAAGAAGAGGACAUAAGCAAUAAUGAGAAUUAUCUUCAGAUUGAAGAUGUUGAUGCUUUAGAGGCAAACAAUGAAAAUCAGAAAAAACAUGAGCUCUGUAUUGGAAUGGAUUUCAGCUCUGAUGAGUCUGCAUAUAAAGCUUAUAGAAAGUAUGGAGGCAAUCAUGGUUUCGACGUAAGGAGACAGCGGACUGCAAAGAAAAACAACAAGCUAGUAAGGAUGGUUUAUGUAUGCUCAAAAGAGGGGCUUAGACAAGAACCUAAAGUCAAGAAAUCAUAUGCACGACCAACCACAAGGUGUGGUUGUAAAGCUCGCAUGUCUUGUUAUCUUCAGAGUAACGGAAGAUAUAAGAUUGUGACUUUUGAGCAGAAUCAUAACCAUGAUUUAGUGAGGACACCUAUGAAGCAUUUGCUGAAGAGUAACCGAGCAAUUUCUAUCUCUCAAAAACAACAUGCUGAUGAUGCUGAUAUGUCAGGAAUUUCAGCAAACGCAACCGUUGAAAUGAUGAGCAGAGAAGUUGGAGGGCGAGCAAAUCUGGGUUUUAUGGAUAAAGACCUGAAAAACUACAUAUACCGUAAGCGAAUGGCAGCAAUGGAAAAGGGAGAUGCUGGAGCUGUUUUGGAGUACUUUCAGAAAAAGAAAGAGGAUAAUUCAUCUUUCUUUUACUCAAUGCAACUUGAUGAGGACGAUAUGAUCACUAAUAUCUUCUGGGCAGAUGAUCGUUCAAUUAGUGAUUACAAUCUUUUUGGAGAUGUCGUUUGCUUUGACACAACUUACAAGACCAACGAAUUUGAUAAACCGUUUGCUCCAUUUGUUGGCGUUAAUCAUCACAAGCAGACUAUUUUGUUUGGUGCUGCUCUCUUAUAUGAUGAAACCACAGAGUCUUUUGAGUGGCUUUUUCAGACUUUUCUUGGAGCAAUGUCUGGAAAACAACCGCAAACAAUUCUUACAGACCAAUGUGCAGCAAUGGCAAAUGCAAUAGGGAAAGUGUUCUCUGAAACAAAACAUAGGUUAUGUGUUUGGCAUAUUUACCAAAAUGCUGCAAAGAGGUUGAGUCAUGUAUUUCACGGACCAGAUCAGUUUGCCUCAGACUUUGGAAAAUGUGUAUAUGACCAUGAGAAUGAAGUAGAGUGGUUAUCAGCAUGGAGUGAAAUGCUUGAAAAGUAUGGAUUGACAGAGAAUAAAUGGUUGAAGAAUUUGUUUGAGUUAAGAGAAAAAUGGGCAAGGGUAUAUGGUCGCCAAACUUUCACAGCCGAUAUGAUGAGCACACAGCGUAGUGAAAGUAUGAAUAAUAUUUUGAAAAAAUAUUUGAAGCGCGGUCAUAACUUGUUGCGCUUCUUUGAACACUAUGAGAGAGUGUUAGACGAUCGGCGAUUUAAAGAAUUAACUGCUGACUUUGGCAUGAUGCAUACUUCGCCGGUCUUAUCGGCUCCUGUAGAAAUGUUACAACAUGCAGUGGAUGUGUAUACACCAGAAGUCUUUACCUUGUUUCAGAAGGAAUACACAGCUAUUGGUGAUUAUGUUGCCAAAAGGGUCAAUAAGUCUGAGAUGGUAAGUGCUGAAUACAAUGUAUCUUUUCGUGGUGUUGGGAGAAAUCAUUUGGUUAACUAUGUUGCUGCAAACGAAAAGAUACAUUGUAGUUGUAUGAAGUUUUCUUUUGUUGGAAUCUUAUGUCGUCAUGCGUUAAAAGUGUUGGCCAAGAAGGAUGUUAGAAGAAUUCCACCUACCUACAUUCUGAAUCGAUGGAGUAAAGAGGCUAAAUCACGAACCAUAUCUUUUUAUCAUUCAGUGACACCUAAUGAUACAGUGAAGCAAUCAAUCGGAAAGCGAUAUAGUCAUAUAUGUCGUACUUUUCGGGAGAUAGCAUCUGUUGCUGCUGAACAUAUAGAAUUAACGUUGUGUGCAGAUGAAGCUGCCUUUCAGUUGCUUAACACAUUGAAAGAAAAGAAAAAGGAACUUGUGAAAGCUAAUAAAUGGAUGCUUCCUACUUUAGAUUCUGAACUUGUGGAAGAAGAAGAAAAAGUUCUAAAUGCACGUGGAAUAAAAAGAAAAAAUCCUCCUGGACGACUAAAGAACCAAAAAGUUGGUCGCCAUGGUCGGUAUUUAAGUGUGCUUGAAACGAAAAAUCGUGGUAUAUCAAAAUCAUCCAAUAAUGGUGGAGCAAAAAAGAAGUUAUCGUUUCAGGACUCAAGUCUUCCUCAUGAUACCCAGUUAUCUGUUUCUGCCACUAGUCCGACCUUAUACAAUGAGUCUUCUUUUUCACAACUGCUCCAGGGAUUUGACAAGAAUCAUGGGUUUGACAAGAGUCAUGGUGGAUCAACGUAA